ACCACACUUUAAAUUCACAGAUAAAGUGAUUAGUACUACUCCAACAUUAAUAAAUCCUGUAAUUUAUCUUUUGACAACACCAUUAAAUACAUCAUUUAAUUCUAACUAAAGUUCUUAAAAAAGCAUGAGUACAAAAAAUCCAACAUCGUUAAGGGCAAUACCGUAAUUGCAAAGCGAAUUUAUUAUCCGCAUUUUCUUCCGCGCUUGUUCUCCGACCCAAUGCGAACAUAACAAACUUUAAAUAGCAAUAGAGAGAGAGAGAGAGAGAGAGAGAGAGAGAGAGAGAGGCACACUCAUUUUGUCACUCUCUCUGAAACAAACACACAACAAACUCCUUCGAUUCCGUUACUUCUUAUGUUCGAAAAACCCUAGCGAAACCCUCUCAUUCUGUAAUAGUAUAACAAAUUUCAGAGUAAGAACAAAAAAUUUCAACCAAUCAUGAACCGUCAAGUUUUACCACCGUUACCGAAAAAUGCAAGUUCACUCGAACCUAAAAUCUGGAGAGCAAUCGCCGGCGCCGCCGUUCAAAUCCCCGCCGUUAAUUCUAGGGUUUACUACUUCCCUCAAGGUCACAUGGACCAAGCUUCAUCACUUCCUAACAAUCUUUCACCUCAACUACUUUCACGUCCUUACAUUCUCUGUUCCGUUUCCGGUGUUCAUUUCCUCGCCGAUCCGAAAACCGAUGAGGUUUUUGCUAAGCUUUUUCUUCAACCUUUGAACGAUUUCACCGCUGUUUUUUCUCGUGCUGUUGUUCAGGAAGUUGAUGAUGGAGAGAGGAUUUCUUCGUUUGCGAAGAUUCUUACUCCUUCUGAUGCUAACAACGGCGGUGGAUUUUCCGUUCCGAGGUUUUGUGCUGAUUCGAUUUUCCCUCCGCUUGAUUAUUCUAUGGACCCGCCGUUUCAGUCUCUUUCGAUCACCGAUGUUCAUGGCUUGACUUGGGAGUUUCGUCACAUUUACCGUGGUACGCCGCGGCGACAUCUGUUGACUACCGGUUGGAGUAGGUUCGUCAACUGUAAGAAGCUAGUUGCAGGUGAUUCUGUUGUUUUUAUGAAGAACAAUAGAGGUGCAAUGUUCGUUGGGAUCCGUCGUGCUGUUCGAUUUGUUCUGGCUAGAAGUUGCGUCGGCUCUGAUGCGACGAGAUUGUGUCUUCCGAUCUGUGGGGUGAGAAAUAGGGUGGAUGAUGAAGAGGAUGAGAAGCUGCUGGAAGAGAAGUGUAGAGAGGGGUUUUCGAGGAACGGGAAAGGGAAGUUGUCGCCGAAUUCGGUUACUGUGGCAGCGGAAUUGGCGGCUCAGGGCAUGGCGUUUGAAGUUGUUUAUUAUCCGAAAGCCGGUUGGUCAGAUUUUGUGUUGAAAGCUGAAGUGGUGGAUGCUGCUAUGAGUGUUACCUGGUGUCCUGGAAUGAGAAUCAAAAUGGCUGUUGAGACUGAUGAUUCUUGCAGGACUACUUGGUUUCAGGGUUUAGUGGCUUCAGUCAAUGUUCCUGAACAUGGAGCUUGGCGAGGUUCCCCUUGGCGCAUGCUUGAGAUUUCAUGGGACGAACCUGAAGUGUCGCAAACUUCCAAGUGGGUCAGCCCUUGGCAGGUCGAACUUCUUUCUACCACACCUUCACUUCAUAGACCAUUUCCCGCAAUGAAAAGGAUUAGAGUGGGUUCUGGGGUGUUAACUGAUGGAGAUGGAGACCCCUUUUCUAUCACCGGAUUCAAUAAUUCAACAAUGGGACAAUUGAGUCAAGAAUUGUUGAAUUACGGAACUUUACCUGCUGGCAUGCAGGGAGCCAGGCAUGAUCUAUUUUCUGUUUCAAGUUUUUCCAAUUUUCCAGGUGAUAACUCCCGUCUGUGUAUGGGUAACACCUUUAGCAACAACUCGGUGCCAGGGUUGAAAUCUUUGUCAACUGAGCUAAAUGUUGGCAGUUCUCAAUCUAGUGAUUUUUCACCAGAGAGCCAGAGUAGUUUGCGUUCCUUUGGCACAGAUUUUGUUCGGAACCUCAACUGCAACUCAAUGAAACCCGGGCCUGUAUCGUUUCAGCUAUUUGGUGCAGUCAUUCAGACCGAACAGCCUGUUGAAAGUGGUUCACAUGGUACUGGUAGCUCAGGAGAUGAUAGUAGUAAGGGCUGCAAUGACACUGAAGGCAUUAACAAUGCUCUUGAGGAUUCUUUUACUUACUCGAAAUUGCUUGGCAGGCUUGAUGGUCAGUGCCAAAUUGCCUCAACUGUUGAGGCAUGCUAUUUGUGAAAGUAAUUGUGACUAUGUCAUGACAUAAGUAGCUGUACAGAACUUCAUUGGGGAGGAAAAAAGAUGCAGCUUCUCAUGGCAUGAAAUUCAAUGGAUUGCAUUCCAAGUGAGUGUCUUUAUAUUGUUGAACAGCUUACCUUGCAGUAUGCUAGUUUUCUUUGGUUUAUCUUGUUGAAACGUGGAACAAUUAAAUUUUGUAAUAUUGGGUGAAGACUCGAGUAUGUGAUGUUAAUAUUCGAUGUUUUUAAUAUUUCCUGAAAUACAAUGGUUAUUAUUAUCUCAAUAUUUCCCACGGUAUUGGAUUUAUUAAGAAAAGUUUGUAGAUUGCUGUUUAUUAUUCUACACUAAACGUAUAUUGCUUCUAGAUAGAAGACUAUGCUCUUGACCGAAAAAAAAAAAAAGACUAUGCUAAUAUGCUAUUCCAAGCUAAGUUCUUACUGGUUAGGAAACAAAUCUUUUACCGCGCCAUUAUAUUUGUUUUUAAAUGAAAUUAAUUAAUAGGAGAGAAUUGUGUUGACGUGUAGUUUAUUUUAAUGGUAGAGUUGAUUCAUACUUCGUGUGGAGUUCAGGUUCCCUCCAUUUAUUAUCCUCCAUUUAUUCUUCAUUUAGAGAGAGACACAAGGAAAAAUUAGUGGGGUCCACAAAUUAGUGGGACCCACUUUUACUGGGUCCCACUAAUUCUUAAUGUGUCUAUCUCUCUCCAAAUGGAGAAUAAAUGGAGGGAUAAUAAAUGGAGAGAACCCAAACUCCUUUGUGUGUGGGGAUUCAUGCUCCCAGGACACGCUUAUCCAAACAUUUUACUCUUGUAUAAAAGUUUUGUGAAGUGAUUAUAAUUAUAAAAAGAUGUUUAAUAGUUUUUAUUAUAGU